AUGUCGUCAUCAUCAGGUUCCGCCGCUCAGGAAACGAGCUACAUCAUGAGAGAUAAAUCCGAUGCCACUCUGGUGGGGAAGCAUUGCCAGUACGAAUACUGCAACCAACUCGACUUUUUACCAUUUCUUUGCCAGUCCUGCACAAAAACCUUUUGCUUAGAUCAUAGAACGGAGACCUCACACAAAUGCGCCAACGCCGGAGCAUGGGCAGAACGAAAGAGACAAGCCAACCUGGCCAAACCCUCUAUUGGUCAAGGAAGGACUCUACGAGACAAGGUUUCCGAGAAGCCUUGCGCAUCGCCAGAAUGCAAGACAGUUGUGGGCACAUCUUUGACCCCGGGCGUGCACUGCGAUACGUGUAAUCGCGAUUACUGUUUAAAGCACCGUUUAAAGGAGGAUCACAGCUGCAAAAACUUGGUGCCCAUUGGAGCGCGACCAAUGCAAAUAGAUGUCGCGCAAAAGACUCGAACAGCAUUGGACAGGCUGAAAGCUUGGGGCUCAGCAAAGAAAGAGCAAGCAGGGCGAGCACUGCCGAAGCCGAAACCUAGCUCGGCGGCGGCUAGAGUGGUGGCGACCAAGAAGCUCAAGGAGACUGCAAAGGGGGACAAGAAAGUUCCAGAAGAGAAGCGUAUCUACUUGUAUGUUGAAGCUGAAGCAGAAACGGCCAAAGCGAAAUUGCCCAAGGGUGACUUCUUCUUCUCCAAGGACUGGGUUGUAGGCCGACUCUUGGAUCAAGCUGCCACUGGUCUACAAGUUCAGAAUAUCAACAACCAGAGCUCGGAAGAGAAGGACAAAUUGCGUGUAUUUCACGUUGAAGGGGGCAGGAUCUUGGAUUACAGCGAGAAGAUCGGGGCAGCUCUGCAAAGCGGAAACACUGUGAUUUUGCUGAGGGGAGUGGGAGCUCCAGCGGACUUGAUAGAGAUGUGA